AUGGAUCAUGAAAAAUCUGACGAUGGCUCCAAGCUCGACAGUCCCCGUGUUCUGGCUUACGAUCCUAUUGAGGGAUUGGCAUUGAACACAUAUGAUAAUCACUCCCGUGAUGGAGAGUCAUUCGAUGACGUGCCCUCCUCCAAACGAACUAUUGGCCUUUCCUCGGCAAUCUUCCUCAUCGUCAACCGCAUCAUUGGAACAGGGAUUUUCGCGACUCCGUCUUCCAUCCUCGCCAGCACCGGUUCGGUUGGUCUAGCCUUGUUCAUGUGGAUCAUAGGCGCGCUUAUUGCAAGCGCCGGCCUAGCCGUGUAUAUCGAAUUCGGCACAGGCUUGCCCCGCUCUGGCGGCGAGCUGACAUACCUCAGCUACCUCUUCACGAAGCCGAAAUACCUCGCCAUUGCAGCGUUUGCGGCCUAUGCGGUGAGCAUGCCAUGGCCUGCGGGCAACUCGACCGUGUUCGGCGAAUAUAUCCUUCUCGCGGCUGGGAAGGAAGUGACGCAGUGGAAUCAGCGCGCGAUCGGCGUUGCAUGCAUCACGUUCGCGUUCAUUAUGCACAGCAUGUUCAUGAAGUGGGGCCUUCGGCUGCAGAACGCGCUCGGCACGUUCAAGGUCGUCAUUCUGCUCCUCAUCGCGUUCUCAGGAUUCGGUGCCCUUGCCGGGCAUAUCAAGCUGCCUGAAGAUGAGAAGCCGCAUAACUUCUCCAACGCGUUCGAGGGCACGUCGAGUAAUGCGAAUGCUUUCGUCGUGGGGCUGUACAACGUCAUUUGGUCAUUCAUUGGGUAUUCCAAUGUCAACUACGCCCUGUCGGAAGUACGGAACCCGGUGCGGACGCUGAAGAUUGCAGGCCCGCUGGCGAUCAGCACGAUCACCGUGGUCUACAUGCUUGUCAACAUCGCAUAUUUCGCGGCGGUACCAAAGGCAGAUAUUCUAUCGUCAGGUCAAACAGUCGCGGCGCUUUACUUCCGGAAUAUGUUCGGAGUGAAGGCCGAAAAAGCAUUGAGCGUAUUUGUAGCACUCAGUGCGCUCGGAAACGUGAUGUCAUGCUUGUUUUCCCAAGGCCGCAUCAAUCAAGAGCUCGGAAGGAUCGGGGUCCUACCGUUCUCAAAGUUCUGGGCAUCGAAUAAACCAUUCAACGCUCCGGCAGCAGGACUUGCCCUGCACUGGUUCGUCUCCGUCGUGGCCAUCCUCGCACCCCCUCCCGGCGACGCCUUUAACUUUAUUCUGAACCUUGUAUCUUAUCCUUUGGCGAUCAUCAACGCCUUCAUCUCCGCCGGCCUCCUCUUUCUCUAUACCCCUUACUCCAAGCGCGGAGGCUUCAACUGGGCUCCACCCUUCCGCGCCUCGUGGCCUGUCGUCCUCUUCUUCUUCCUCUCCAACGUCUUCCUCUCUAUCGCACCGCUCGUCCCACCCGCGCCAGGCAUGAAGCCGUACAAGAAUUUGCCGUACUGGCUGCAUGUCGUAGUCGCGCUUGGCGUGUUCGCGCUCGGCGGCGUCUAUUGGGUGUUUUGGGCCCGCAUACUUCCCCGCUUGGGACGGUAUCGCUUGGAGCGUCAUACGGAGAUUCAAGAUGACGGGGUGUCGAGGAGUGUGUUCAAGAAAGUGCAUGUACAGUAA